GAUUCCGGUCACAGGGUUUAAUUGUCAAAACUCCAUGCAUGGAAGAUCAGCAGUAUCUUCCGGACAGUACCCCGGUUAGACAUUAUGAUGUCCACAGUCUUUACGGAUGGUCACAAACAAAACCUACCCUUGACGCUGUGCAGAAUGCCACAAAGGAGCGUGGGAUCGUCAUCACCCGCUCAACUUAUCCCAGCAGUGGAAGAUGGGCUGGACAUUGGCUGGGUGAUAACAAGGCAGCUUGGGAUCAGCUGGCUAAAUCUAUUAUUGGUAUGAUGGAGUUCAGUCUCUUUGGAAUAUCUUAUACAGGAGCUGAUAUCUGUGGCUUCUUUAAUGACUCACAGUAUGAGUUGUGUCUUCGCUGGAUGCAGCUGGGUGCAUUUUACCCAUAUUCAAGGAAUCACAAUGAGAAAGGAACAAGG